UAUUCUUGUCACAAUCGAGCUCAUCAUAUUGUUCGCUUUUGCGUGACUGCCUUCUGUUUGAAAUCACCGACGCAAUGGCGCCUAGCUACCAACGACUGGAUGACCAGGAGAGUCCAAAGCCUCCGACAGCUCCUUGGUCGGGUCGAUGGAAGCGACCUAUCUUCGCUGCCAUAGUGGCCAUUCUCAUCACCUGGGUAGUCGCUGUGUUUGUCAUUUUAUCACAACGCCGGGGGUGGAAUUCAAUAGGUGGAGGCUCUGGACAUCAAUAUUCAGGUGAGAAGGUGUCGUGGCAGCCUUGUGGCAGUGUCGGCGGGCAUCCACUCGAAUGUGUCAACCUUACCGUUCCAAUGGAUCAAUUUGAUCUGUCGAGGAGUAAAGAUCAGACGUUCCGCAUUCCGGUCAUUCGUCUACGUGGUGGAGAGCACGCGACGCAGAAUCUCUUGCUCAAUCCUGGAGGACCAGGGGGCAGUGGUAUGACAUUGCUAUACCAUCGUGGGGCGCAGCUGAGAGCGGUUGUCGGCGACGGCUUGCACCUUAUCUCUUUUGAUCCACGAGGGGUUGGUGAAUCUGUGCCUCGUGCAAUGUGCUAUCCUGAUAGCGAGACAAAGGCAAGACUGGGUCAGAUGCGCACUGAGGAUGUUCUGCGUGACAGUCCAGAAAUGUAUGCAUGGGCGAAGGGAUACGUUCAAGCUUGCAAAGACACUAUGGGAGAGGUGGGUGGUUACAUUACCACCCCUCAAGUCGCCGCCGAUAUGAAUAGUAUCCUGGAUGCAAUCGGACAACCAGACAUGUACUAUUGGGGGUUCAGUUAUGGUACAACUCUGGGUCAGACGUACGCGCAAUUGUUUCCCGAGCGAUCGAAGCGAGUCAUUAUCGAUGGUGUGUCCAACGCCCAACACUGGUACGGCCGCGAUUUUGACAACACCCACUACACCGAUACGGAAAACGCAUUUAUGGGCAUAUUUCGCCAUUGCAUCAAGGAGAAGGAAAACUGCGCUCUAUCAUCGUUCGGAGACAGGGCUGAAGAUUUGCACAAGUUGGUGAUGGAUCUCGGAGAUCGACUUAAAGAGCAGCCCAUGAGCGUGUAUGUGAACAAAACCGCAUGGGGACAACUCACAUACGAGCACAUCUUCUUCAACGGCGUUCUUCCCGCGCUGUAUAAGCCGCUCACGUGGUAUGCACUCGCACAAAACCUGGCAAAGCUGCUCAACGGCAAUGCCACCGACGCCUGGUUAGCCUAUGCCCAGCACGAAUCGUUCGAAAUGGACGACAACUCGAGCGACUUUGUCUUCAACAACGACGCCCACAGCGGCCCAAACUACUGGACGCAGGACCGCAAAGAAUUCCUUGAGGGAACAAUCCUCUCACUUGUCAAUAGCAGCAUGUUUGGCCCGGCCGAGAAUAUCGACUACUACGUUAGACAGCAAUGGAAGGUGCCCAAGACAACGGAAUAUAUUCCUCAGUUGACACCUCAAAUUGCGACGGCAGAGCCCAUGCUCAUCGUAUCGAUGACAUUUGAUCCCAUUUGCCCCCUGGCAUCCGCAAAAGGAGCGCAACGUCGCUUUCGAGACUCGCGAUUGGUGGAGAUCAAGGGAGUCGGGCAUUGCAGUGUCUCCACUAUCUCAGCUUGUGGGGCAAAAUAUAUAAGAGACUAUCUUUAUGACGGAGUAUUGCCUAAUGAGAAACAUGUAACCUGUGAGGUCGACCGGCGGUACUUUAUCGAUGUUGAGCAUGAGGAUGUUCUGACUCGAAGGAGUCUUGGGGGGGUCGAGCAGUCGGAGGAGGACAGGAUGUAUCGGGCACAGUUGGCGCUUGCUAGCGACUGGCAGUGGAAAGUUAGGCGUCAUGGGUUACCGAUGUUUCUAUAAGUCAUGAAUUUGAAAUCAAUUUUUCCGUUCUCCAA